AUGAUCUCUCUUGCUGACAACCUCAUUGAGGAUGAGGCAGAGAGAGAGCGUCUUCUUGAAAAACCAGCUUGUUUCAUCAUUAUUGGAAAGCCAGGACUGGGAAAAUCAACACUUGCCAAAAAAAUAUCCCAGUCUUGGAAGUGUAUACUUAUUGAUGAUACAGAACUCCUCAGUUAUCACAUUUCAAAUCAAACAGAGGAAGGAUUAAAGAUUUUAGAGAUUCUUAAUGAGGGGAAGAGUCUUCCUGAGGAAAUGGUUUUCAGAUUGAUUCUUAAUAAGCUCCAGUCACCUGAGGUGGAACAUUACGGAUAUGUUCUGAGCUGCCUUCCCUCACUGUCGGAGGACUACCUGAAGAUAUCGGAACAGAUAGAGCUUAUAAAAAAACUAGCACUGUCACCAGAUUUCAUCAUAAAUAUUAAGUGUGCUGACCGAGACCUGGUGCAACGGCUCAGUGGCCAGCGGCAGCAUCCUGAGACAGGCCGGGUCUUCCAGAAGGAAGAGUGGGACCCCAUCAAAAAGGGCACACAAAAGAAAAGGAGCUAUGGAGAGGAGGAUGAGGAGGAGGAAGAAGAGGAAGAAGAGCCGAUAGAGGAGGCAGAAGAGGAGAUUGAAGACAAAGAACUUCAGAGUGAACUGAUCUCACAACUUGUCCGAUUGCCAGAAAACAUCCCAGAAAAUGCUCAUAAAAGGAUUCUUCUGUACAAAGACACCAUGCUCAGGCUUUUAGAGGAUUAUAUGGUGGGCCAUGAUCCCCUCUGUGUUUUCGAGCUGGACGGAAACAGCGACCCUGGAGAGCUUUUUGUGUCGGUGAUGUCCCGUUUGGAGUCCAUGGCGAUAAGGAGAGCUGCGGUGCCCAUCCGACUGAUGCAGACGGAGGAGGAGGAGGCCUCAGAUGAGAUGGACACCGAGGAGCUGCUGCGCACUCUCUCUGGCAGUAAGACUGUGGCCCCCGGGUUUAGGUGGAGGCGGAGCCGCUGGGGGCAUGCCUGUCCUGUAGCCCUCAAAGAAGGGAAGAUCACCAAGGGGAAACAAGAGUUUUCUGUUGGAUUCCUGGAUAAGAUUUACAUCCUGUCCUCCCAGGAAGCCCUGCAGAAGUUUCUGGUAAACCCACGCCGCUACCUCCUCCCUCCAAUGCCGCGACCCCCGUGCAAAGUAGCCGUGGUGGGCCCCUCGCUGUCAGGGAAGACGACGCUUUGCCAUUUAAUCGCCAGUCACUACGGCUCUAAGGUGGUGGACAUGGAGGCCCUGAUGAAGCCAAGGAUUGCCCAGGCCCAAGAGACAAUGCUGGAGAAAGUUCGGGAGGAGGCAACGGCUGCCGCAAUCGAAAAAGUCAAGAUGCAGCUGGAAUCCUCGAACAGAACAGGGUUGGAGGUGACGUCCCAGCAUCCCUUGGUGCAGUCUAUGGUGAGGGAUGCUCUGAAAGAGGCAGAGCUGACUGCCAUCCCGCCUACCCCAGAGCUGUACGCAGAGGUGCUGGAGAAGCACAUUAAAGAGAUUGAAUCCUCUGCAGCUGAAGAUCAGACAAAACGAGGAUGGGUGCUGGAUGGCUUUCCAAAAAACUGGACUCAGCUGGCAUCAGCACAGGAGGCCGAGCUCAUGCCAGACAUGAUAUUCUGCUUGAAGGACAGUGAUGGAGAGGGAAAAACAUUACUGAUGCGGAUCUACGAGUGCCACAAAGAAGAGGUUGACGCUGCAAUCAGAAAAAGGAUUAGAGAGGAGGAAAGACAGAAAGCGCUGGAGAUGCAGGAGGCAAUGCAGCACUUGCAGGGUUCUGAGUCUAAGGCUGCUGGAGGUCCCACCAAACUGGAGGCUGUGCCAGAGGAGACAGAAGGAGAAGUAACGUUGCCAACAGUGUGGGAGAAUGGCUAUCCGGAUGGGCCAGAGAUGAACGUCUUCAGACAGCAGGUGAAACAAUUUUGGCUGGACUGGGAGAGCACGCAGUCCUCCAUCACUGGAAGUUACAGCAUAGUAGAAAUAUCAGGAAAAACACCAGAGGAUCUUCUGAGCGAGGUUGUCUACCAGAUGGAGAGGCCUUUUAAGUAUGCUGCCUGGGAGCUGACUGGAGCAGACCUGGAUGAGGAAGAGGAGGAUGCCCAGGCCAUGACAGACUGGGAGAGGGCAGAGGAGAUGGAGGAUGAGGAGGAGCAAGAGUCGGAGGAAGAGACAGCCUCCUCCAAGAGGUUAUUAGGAGCCUUUCAGCACUUUUGCCCAGUGAUUCUGAAGGAGAGCGGCAUCCUUAUGCCGUGUACGGAUGACUGCGCUGCAAAGUACCGAGAGAGGGCUUACUACCUUUCCAGCACAGAGGCCCGUGACAAAUUUCUGCACAACCCAGAGGAGUAUGUCUCCCACACCCAGCUCCUGAAGGCUCCAGCUCUGAGGAUAUUGUUACUAGGCACUCGUGGUUCUGGGAAAACCACACACGGCCGAUGGCUGGCCAAUGAACUGGGCAUUUUCCACAUCCAGUUUCGUGAACGACUUCAGGAACUGAUCAUCAGUAAGACUCUGACGCAGAUCCCAUAUGCUGAUGAUACGGAGCCUACAGAAGAGUUGUCUAUGGAGACCCUGCUACAGGCUGAGGAUGUGGUGCCCCCUACUGACUUGGAGACCUCAGACAGUGGCAAGAACAGCCCACAGGAAGCCACUGCAGAGGACACUGUGCUGACUCCCGAGGAGGAGGCGAUCAAGUCAUACCUGUCUAAUGGCGAACCUCUGCCCCCAGAGGUUUUGGACAUGGUCCUCCCUCAAUGGUGGGAGGAGGAGCCUUACAGGUCCACAGGUUUCAUCCUGGAGGGGUUUCCCCAGAACCAGGAGGAGGUGCAGUACCUGGUGCAGCGCUGCCUCUUCCCGGACGCGGCGCUGGUCAUGUCUGUGGAGGUGACGGACGUGCUGAAGCGUCAGCUGCCCCCGAGGCUGGAGCGCUGGAGAGAGAGGAGGGACCGGAGGCUGGAGCUCCAGAGGAAAGUGCGGGAGAUCAAGCGUAAGAUCAGGGAGGAAGCGAUUGCCAAAAGAAGAGCUGAACUUUGGGCUGAACAUACUGGUAAACAACUGCCAGCAAAGGAGGAGCAGGAAGAAGAAGAUGAUGAAGAGGACGAUGAGACUAACAGGGAGAUGGAGGAGAUAGAAGAUGAGAUCGAGGCCCUCCUGCUGGAGGAGUUUCCCCCAGAGGAAGAGGAGGAGGGGGAGGACGAAGAAACAGAGGCUGCCGCAGAGGAGCGUCUAGAGAUGGAGAUAGAGGAGAGAUUCGAGAAUGAUGACAACAACCUCCAGAGGACGAUGGACCUCUUAGCGGACCAUCAGAUUCCCAGGAUCUCAGUCAGUGCUGGGCGAAAGCCCCAUGUCGUCAGCUAUCAGAUGCGUCAGAAACUGAGGGCCCUAGUGGAUGACAGAGAGGCUCUCUUUGAGAAGUGUCAGCCACUGAGUGCCAGCCUCGCACGCAAGCUUCUACAUCUCAACUACAAAUACCACAGUGCCUUUGGGUGCUGGGACCCUGUUAGGUACAGUGAAGGAGACCUGAUUCAGCCAGUCCAGGGUCCCCUGAUCCCCACCUUUCCUGUGCUCUUCCACCAGUUCAUAUAUUUCUUUUUGUCCAAAGAGACUCGCAACAAAUUUAUGCUCAACCCCAUAAAAUAUCUACGGCAGCCCAAACCCAAACCGUCCCUUCCGAUCAAAAUUGCAGUCAUUGGUCCACCUAAAUCUGGAAAAACCACAGUUGCCAAGAGGUUUGCCAGUGAAUAUGGCCUCCAACGGCUCUCAAUUGGAGAGGCCAUGAGGUCAGUGUUGACCAGUCAGACACAGACUGAGUUGGCCACUCAGAUGCUGAAACAUCUGUCUCAAGGCUUGACUGUCCCAGACGAACUUGCUGUGCAUUGCUUGGAUGUAGCCUUGAUGAACCCUGUCUGCAGCACUAGAGGAUUCAUCCUCGAUGGUUACCCCAUGACAAAGAAGCAAGCAGACCUAAUGGAAACUCACGGUAUUAUACCAGUGAGGGUGAUUGAGCUGCAACUGGACACAGUGGAAGUUCUAAAGAGGGGGCUUGCAGAUAAAAUGAAGCUUUCCAGACCCUACCCACUGCAUGACAGUCCCCAAAUUCUCAACAUCCGUAACUCUAAUUACAAGCGGGAGGUGGUGGAUGUGAGAGAGCACUAUCAGGAGCUGUACCAGAACUGGGUCUCAGUAGAUGGACUUAGGAGCAAGUGGUGGGUGUGGAGUAAAGUUCUAGAGGAGACCAGAACAAGUAUGAGACACGUUGAGACUUACCUGGAAAGGAUAAGGUCAGGGCAGGCAGCCAGCAUUGACCGGCUGUGUAUCACUCCUAAAGAACUUCAGUCCAGACUGGGAGAGUUUGGCCAGUACUGCCCGGUCAGCUUGGCCCUCCACCACCAGCUGGUGGACUGUUCUCACACACUGUCCCUGGAGCUUGCGGCGGAGUUCCGGGGGCGCUACUACAAAAUGGCAUCCAAGGAGUCCUUAGAGAAAUUCCUGGAGAGCCCGGAGCAGUAUGUGCCCCCGGGCUGCCCCCAUCCUCUCCCCCCCCCUCACAUGCUGCCAAAAAAGCUGACUGCUCCACAGGUGAAGGCCAGGUUCCCCCAGCAGGUUGAAAUGAAGGGGUACUGCCCAGUCACCUUCCUGGAUGGACAGCAAAGAUAUGAAGCUCUUGUGCGUGGAAACUCGGAGUAUGCUGCUGAAUACAGGGAGAGGAUCUACAUUUUUGAGGAUGAGGAAAAGCAGCAGAAGUUCUUGAGGUCACCUGAGACUUACUGGAACCAGAAGCUCCCACAUAAACUCCCACCAAUGAAGGAACCUGUGCUGCUCACCUCACUGCCAAUGCUGGGGUACAUGGAGCAGGGAGUGGCAAGAGAAGUAAUAAAAGCUAUGACAGCAGUUGGAUGUUUGAAACCGAAAUUUCCAUACCUCAAUGUCAAGACAUCUGGUCUUCUUUACCUUGCUUAUCAUUUGAAGGCAUUUAAUCCCAGAAACCCUGACUACGUUCGCAAGAAGUACAAGAAGAAACUGGACAGCUUUGUGGAAAGCUGUGAACUUAUAGCUUACCUGGGAUCAACCAUGACGCAGAAAUUCAAGGAACCUGAAGAGAAGCCCAUUGACUUUGAUCAAAAACUUCACAGGUUCCUGGCAUUGAAAGGCACAGGGGCUCAGUCUGUAUAG